AUGGCUGGCAGAAACAGAUCGGGACUGGUGGAAAGUGGUGAUGUGGGUCGUGCUCCACACACCGAGGACGGGACUUCCUCACAGAGCAGCCGAUCAAGAUAUAUAGUUUGGAAGGCCGCCAGCCAGCGCCCACCAGCGGCCCCAGUGCGCCUUGUGCCUUCACUUGCGGCGUCCCCUCUCCCCUAUCCUCCUCAAAGUCCUUCAGCAUGUCAGGAUUCCAGGGUGAUCCAGAGCGCCUUCCUGCACGCCUUCCAGCACUGCAGUCAAAACACCGCGGGCAGGAGGCUUCCGCUUCACGUCUUUGUGGGCAUCAUCAGUAUGGCGGAUGCCUUCAAGAUCUCCAGACUGAGUGGUAACACGGAGAGCAAGUGGAAGAAACCUUGGGAGACUUCCAUGACUCAGGAACAAUCACACCUCACUGGGAGCCUUGUGACUGAUAGGUGGUUCAGGAGUGCAGCCUCUACAAGUGGUGGAGGGCAUGGACACUUGGAUAUGGAUGACACUGGUUUGGGUGCCAAAUAUUAAUAGUGCACCUACACAAUUACCACACUCGCUCCUCUCACCAGGCUUAACUAUAAAUAAUUAAAGGUAAAUAACAUCUGUCAUCUAUUAUCUAUUGUAUUCUAUAUUGCUGUUAAUGUUUCAUGUAUAAUGUCUUUGCUUUCAAAUGCAAGUCAAAAGGGUGAACCCCAUUUAUAGUACUAUUCACGUUUGGCAAAUUUCACUUUUGACAUUGGUUUGGCUACACUAAUUGAACUGCUAACAGUGAGGGACUACUGUAAAUGUAGUAAUAAUUAUAAUAAUAAUAAUAAUAAUAAUAAUAAUAAAAAGUAAUGAUAAAG